GUGUCUCUGAGGGAGAGCGAGCGAGAGUGAGUGAGUGUGAGUGCGGGCUCGGGUGGUGGCCGUUAAACGUUCGGCGGAGCGGCUUAAAGCAGCGGAGAAGAAGAGAAACAACGUCGUGGUGCUUCCGCCCCCGCUUAGGUAGGAGGAGGAGCUGGUGGGGACAAGAAAGUAAUUCGUCCUGAGCCUGGACUUUACCGAGUCUGGCCGGUGCGGGUCUGAGCUAUGAACCUUUGAGGGUCGCUUGGGACGCCGAGAGAGACAAGAGAGCCAAGAGCUAUGUCUCAGCCGCCGCCGCCACCCCCGCUGCCUCCGCCGCCUCCUCCCCCUGAGGCUCCUCAGACUCCGCCGCCCCUGGCGGCUGCUGCGGCGGCUGCUCCGGGGGGGCUCUCGAAACGGAGAGACCGGAGAAUCCUAUCCGGGAGCUGCCCGGAUCCGAAGUGCCAGGCGCGUUUAUUCUUCCCGGCCUCCGGUUCCGUCAGCAUCGAGUGUACCGAGUGCGGACAGCGGCAUGAGCAGCAGCAGCUGCUGGGGGUGGAGGAGGUGACCGACCCGGACGUAGUACUACAUAACCUGCUGCGGAAUGCGCUGCUCGGGGUGACAGGGGCACCCAAGAAGAACACGGAACUGGUAAAGGUGAUGGGCCUUUCCAACUACCACUGCAAAUUGUUGUCGCCCAUAUUAGCUCGCUAUGGAAUGGACAAACAGACGGGCCGGGCUAAGCUUCUCCGGGACAUGAACCAGGGCGAACUGUUCGAUUGCGCUUUACUGGGUGACCGCGCCUUCCUCAUCGAACCAGAGCAUGUUAACACAGUGGGCUAUGGCAAGGACCGCUCUGGAAGCCUCCUGUAUUUGCACGACACUCUUGAGGACAUCAAGCGGGCCAAUAAAAGUCAGGAAUGCCUCAUUCCAGUGCAUGUGGACGGGGAUGGACACUGCUUGGUGCAUGCUGUGUCCCGGGCGCUAGUAGGCCGGGAGCUCUUCUGGCACGCUUUGAGAGAGAAUCUUAAACAGCACUUUCAGCAGCACCUGGCCCGGUAUCAAGCCCUGUUCCAUGACUUCAUAGAUGCCGCUGAGUGGGAGGACAUUAUUAAUGAGUGUGACCCUCUGUUUGUACCACCUGAAGGUGUCCCCUUGGGCCUGAGGAACAUCCACAUAUUUGGCCUUGCCAAUGUGUUACAUCGCCCUAUUAUUCUCUUAGAUUCCCUCAGUGGCAUGAGAAGCUCUGGUGAUUAUUCAGCUACCUUUCUGCCUGGGCUCAUCCCCGCAGAGAAGUGCACUGGGAAGGAUGGACGUUUGAACAAACCAAUCUGUAUUGCAUGGAGUAGCUCUGGUAGAAACCAUUAUAUUCCCUUGGUAGGCAUAAAAGGGGCUGCUUUGCCUAAACUGCCAAUGACUUUGCUUCCUAAAGCAUGGGGUGUACCUCAGGACCUUAUUAAAAAGUACAUCAAACUUGAGGAGGAUGGUGGUUGUGUUAUUGGAGGAGACAGAAGUUUGCAGGAUAAAUACUUACUUAGGCUUGUUGCUGCUAUGGAAGAAGUCUUUAUGGACAAACAUGGUAUCCAUCCUAGUUUGGUUGCUGAUGUCCAUCAGUAUUUCUACAGGAGGACUGGGGUGAUAGGAGUUCAGCCUGAAGAAGUCACAGCAGCUGCUAAAAAAGCAGUACUGGAUAAUCGCCUUCACAAAUGUUUGCUCUGUGGUGCCCUUUCUGAACUUCAUGUUCCUCCAGAGUGGCUGGCUCCAGGAGGGAAACUGUAUAACCUGGCAAAAAGUACUCAUGGACAGCUGAGGCCUGACAAAAAUUACAGCUUUCCUUUGAACAAUUUGGUUUGCUCAUAUGAUUCAGUGAAAGAUGUUCUCGUACCAGACUACGGAUUGAGUAACCUAACAGCUUGUAAUUGGUGCCAUGGCACAUCUGUGCGAAGGGUCAGAGGAGAUGGGUCUAUUGUGUAUUUGGAUGGGGACAGAACUAAUUCUAGGUCCACUGGUGGCAAAUGUGGUUGUGGAUUCAAACAUUUUUGGGAUGGUAAGGAGUAUGACAAUCUACCGGAAGCUUUUCCUAUUACUUUGGAAUGGGGUGGAAGAGUGGUCAGAGAAACAGUAUAUUGGUUCCAGUAUGAAAGUGAUUCAUCUUUGAAUAGUAAUGUUUAUGAUGUUGCAAUGAAACUUGUUACCAAGCACUUUCCAGGUGAAUUUGGGAGUGAAAUCCUAGUUCAGAAAGUUGUCCACACUAUAUUGCAUCAGACUGCCAAAAAGAAUCCUGAUGAGUAUACUCCUGUAAAUAUAGAUGGUGCUCAUGCCCAAAGAGUUGGAGAUAUACAAGGACAGGAGUCAGAGUCUCAGCUCCCAACUAAAAUUAUUCUUACUGGACAGAAAACAAAAACUUUGCACAAGGAGGAGUUAAACAUGAGUAAAACUGAAAGAACUAUCCAACAGAAUAUUACAGAACAAUCAACUGUAAUGCAGAAACGGAAAACAGAGAAGCUAAAACAAGAACAAAAAGGGCAACCCAAGACUGUUUCUCCCAGUACCAUUCGCGAUGGUCCAUCCUCUGCACCUGCUACCCCUACCAAGGCCCCCUAUUCACCAUCAACUUCUAAAGAGAAGAAGAUCCGAAUAACAACUAAUGAUGGACGACAGUCCAUGGUUACACUUAAGUCUUCAACAACCUUUUUUGAACUUCAGGAAAGCAUAGCCAGAGAAUUUAACAUUCCUCCAUAUUUACAGUGUAUUCGAUAUGGCUUUCCUCCUAAAGAGUUAUUUCCACCCCAAGCAGGAAUGGAAAAGGAGCCAGUUCCUUUACAGCAUGGUGACAGGAUUACAAUAGAGAUUCUAAAAAGUAAAGCAGAAGGUGGUCAGGCUGCUGCAGCACACUCCGUGCAGGCUGUGAAACAAGAGGAGAUUGCUGUUACUGGUAAACUGUCAUCUAAGGAACUUCAGGAGCAAGCUGACAAAGACAUGUACUCCUUGUGUCUUUUUGCAACAUUAAUGGGUAUGGCUGAUGGCAAGCAUUGUACUUUUCCACAUCUGCCUGGCAAAACCUUUGUCUAUAAUGCUUCUGAAGAUAGACUGGAAUUGUGUGUGGAUGCUGCAGGACAUUUCCCCAUUGGUCCUGAUGUUGAAGAUUUAGUUAAAGAGGCUGUAAGUCAGGUUCGAGCAGAGGCUACUACAAGAAGUAGGGAAUCAAGUCCCUCACAUGGGCUAUUAAAACUAGGUAGUGGUGGAGUAGUGAAAAAGAAAUCUGAGCAACUUCAUAAUGUAACUGCCUUUCAGGGAAAAGGGCAUUCUCUAGGAACUGCGUCUAGUAACCUACACCUUGAUCCAAGAGCUAGGGAAGCUCCAGUUGUAAGGAAGCAUAACACGGGGACAGACUUUAGUAAUAGUUCCAUUAAAACAGAGCCUUCUGUAUUUACAGCUGCUCCUGGUAACAGUGAGCUUAUUCGAAUAGCUCCUGGAGUAGUUACAAUGAGAGAGAGCAGGCAGCUGAAUCCUGAUUUGGUUGAGGCCCAAAGAAAAAAGUUGCAGGAAAUGGUUUCUUCUAUUCAGGCUUCUAUGGACAAACACUUGCGGGAUCAAAGUACGGAGCAGUCACCAUCUGAUCUUCCUCAAAGAAAAGUAGAAGUUGUGAGUUCUUCUGUGAAGUCUGGUAGUCUUCAGACUGGCUUAUGUGAAUCUUUUUCUUUAACUGGUGGCACUGAAAAUAUGAAUACAGUAACAACUGAUAGCUGUGUGACAGAGGCACUGGGAGCAGCAUUUGCCACAAGGUCAAAAGCACAAAAAGGGAAUUCUGUGGAGGAGCCUGAAGAGAUGGAUAGUCAAGAUGCUGAGAUGACAAACACAAUUGAGCCAAUGGAUCACUCUUGAUUUAAUUAGAAGUAUGUCAUAUUUGUUGACUGGGCCACAUAACUUGAGUAGUCAUUAAAAAUCUUGUAUGUAUGUAAUUCAAAGAUUUUAUCUUGUUAUUCAGUGCAUGAUAGCAAGUGUGUGACUGGCAAUAGCUUUUAAUAUACCUACUGCCCAGGCUGGUUCUGUUUUCCUAUAAUUAGUUAUUAGAUCUGCUGAGAUGAGUUUCUUCCCUAUAUGUGGUUCAUUGGAAGUUCUUUGUCAUUUUAAUUCCAUGAAAGUCUUAAUGUUCAACCUUGAAAAUUCUCUUGUUAAAUAUGUUUGAUUUCUGAAAAGGCUAGAGCUGGGGGGGGGGAUAUUUUGCUAAUGGUGAUGUCAACAGGGUAAACCACAUAUUUAUUAGUGUGUCAAAAGAUGUAUGUAAAUCUGAAGGUUAUCUGAACUAAAGUGUAUCGUAAAAUUCAUAAACGGAUUUAUUAGACACUGAGAUCUUGACAUUUCCAUGAACAUAAACACAUUCAUAGAGAUGUAUUCUUGGUGAAAUUUCUUGAGGAUACAGUCUAAUGAUACACAUUUUGCUGGUUUGAUCAAGGUUGGGGGAAAAUAAUCUAUUCUAGAAUGAUAAAGUCAAUGUGAUUAAGUUAUGUUGCUGUCUGAGCCAAAAUAGCCAAUUGUGUGCUCUGUUGAUAAUGUGUUACCAUUAUUUUUUUAAUCCUGGCCUGGUCAAGUCCACUGAAUUUUUUUUUCUUUAAUCUUGCAGAAAAAUUGAUUUCAAAGUGUGGUAAAAAAUAUAAAAAUAAUGGUAGCAGUAGUUAAUCUCUAAUUUGUAGAGUUUAUCAGAUUCACAUUUUAUAAGAAUGUAUCUUUAUGAAUGAGUUACAUUGUUCUGCAUUUUUGAUCAGUGAUAUUUAAGCUUGUAAAUGCUAAGUGUCUUUGAACCAAAAAUGUUUCCUUUUCUUAAAAUCUAUGAGAUUUUCUUUAUUUGUUGGCUUCACUUGAAUUUGGAUGCAAAUUUCACUGCAUCAUACCCUGAUCAACCUGGGCAUUUGCUUAAAUACUGUGUUCAUCAAAUCUUUAGUGCCAGUUUUCCACAAGCAGCUUUCAUGCUUAUUCCUUAAAGAUAAAGAAUGUUUAUUCUGGGAUUGGUGUUGCACUAUUUUAUCCUAUUCUGCAAAUCUGUAUUCUGAAAUGUACAUUUCAAUCCAUCUUUUUCCUCUGUCCAUUGAAAUUAAAUUGAAUUCGAAUGGAUGAAAGGCAAAAUGUAUGUUAAUACAAUCUCUUAUUUAGAGCAUUCAAAGCCUGGCUGUCUCUGUUUGCACAUGUAACAGAUGCAGAACUGUGGUUGCAUUCUAGGGAAAUAUAUGUUAGAAAAUACAUUAUUAGGUGUUUAAAAAUCUCAACCUGUUGAUUCAUAAGGAAUAUAGACAGUACUUCAACUUGUGUUUUCAAAUAAGGGAGGUUUUCGUUUUCUUUCUGUGAAAGUGUUACUGAAUCCAUUUAUUAAAUAAACUACUCCAUUUUGAAGAAGGAAAGCAUGGAGAAUCUAGACAUUCUGCAGGUGGUAACUGAGCAAGAUACAUAUUUGGGUUACUUUUAUCACAUCACAUUUUUUAAACCAUAUUUUAUUUUUGUUCUUCUAAAUUUCUAAAUUUAAAACUUUUACAUUGUAUACUAGUUUUGCAUAAAGAACUUCAGCUACCAAAUAAUAUUUCCCAUUUAGUUAUUAUAGGUUGUUUCUGUGUAUUGUACUAAAAAUUACAAAUAUCACUAACCACUAUAAUUAUUUUUGGCUUUUACAGCCACUGAAACAUGCCUUUUAAAUUUAAAUACAGAUGAACUGUUAACAAGCAAAUGCACUGCUUCCAGGUAAAUUAUAAUCACCUUUUCUUUAACAAAUAUUUUCUUCACCUGUGGCUUGGUAUGUUUAGUUAAUACGGACAAAUAUACUCUUAUAGGAUAAAGCAAAAAUACCAGAAGCAAAUUUUAUCUCUAUUAUAUAAAUUCAAAUUAGAAUGCACCUGUGAACAUAAGAAGGGCUUCAUCUCUGCCACACUAUUAAUUUCUUUUUUCACAGCAAUGUUAUUUAGAAGCCAGUUAGGUAUGCAUAUUAUAAUAGUUUGGGUUCUCCCUUAAAAAAGGAAAGAGUUGAUUCUGAUAAUGGCCAGAUUUCCUGAAAUUAUUUUAAAUCAGCUUAAAUUAGGUUGGGGUAAUUAAUAGUUUUUGAGAAGUGGGCCAGGUAUCAUUUUCACAAAGAAGUGUUAGAAUUUCUUUUAGUUCUUAAUUAUCAUCUUUGUCCUUUCACAUGCUUCUCAUAAUCAAAUAUAUGACUGUAGAGUGAUUAUUUUUAGUAGUACUUUUUGUGAUCACCACAAAUUGGAGUUCAAGCUAGAGAUCAUAAGUCCAGAAUACUUUUUUAGCCCUUGAUUCUUACCUAUAUAAAAUUCAAUCCUAUAAUUCUAUUUGUAGUGUUUCACUGAAAAUCAAGUAAAAUCCUACAUUUUUUUCUUCAGUAAUCCAUUUUCUAGUUAAUCAUACCAAGUCUGAAUUAAUGACCCAAAGUCCAGGUAGAGUUAGAGGUGGUAUAUGUCUAGAAAACUGGUACUGAGAAACUGGUUGAAAUGGAAGAAAACAAGAUACUGCCAAAUAUUAAGAGCUAGAACUCCACGAGAAUAAUUACUCAGGAAUUAGUUAAAGAGCAAGCUCAAGGCCAGUUUCUCCCCUUUGACUAUAUUUCAGUUAUUCUAUUGGAAAAUGUGAGAGAAAGUCCUGAGAAAUUUAGCAAAUGCUAUUGACCGUGAAAUUUGCUUUAUAUUUAAACAUUUUUAGUUUGGAUUUUAAAAUCACACCUACUGCUUGCAAUUAAGAUACCAAUCUGAAAUACAUUUGUGAUUCCCAGCCACAGGUCCUUAUUGCCAUUAUUUUUAAGUAUCUAACGAUAUUGGAAAUAAGCAGACUUGUGCAUAUGUUCUCUUACUCAGGGAAGAUCACUUGGUGGUAACUCAUAUACUACUAAUGACAGGUUGUUGAGAAUUGUAUUGACACCACAUGUUAGCUACUGAGUGCAAAAUUUAUAACAGUAUUAUUUUAUGUAGUUACCUACUAAUACUGGCUGCUAGUGAACAUUUCUCUAACAAAUUAGGCCUAACAACUAACCUUUAGGUAUGUGGUAAACUUGGAACUUCUGUUAUUAAUUACACUUUGGCCAAUAUAGUGACAAUAGUUCAUUUCAGAAUAUCAGUACAGUAUUAUCUUCAUUUUUCAGGAAUUUUAAUUGGUCAAUAUUUAAAAUACUGCAGAGCAUAUUUUGAGAGUCUCAUGGUUCUCAAAACAAGAUUUCCAUAUUAAGUUUUUCAUAAAAGCUUCUGCAAAACCAGAUUAAACUCCGCUCUAUGAAUUUAGAAUGACCUUUUAUAACAGUAGUAGUGAGAUACAUACUGUAAGUUGGGUAGACAUCCUACAUUUCAAGGUUAUCAUAUAAUUAAACAAAAUUGUAAAUAAAGGCUCUUCAUGUUUAAAUUAGAAGUUAAUUUUUCAGAUCAGAACUACUACUUGAGAACAUACCAUAGUAGAAUGUUUAUUUAAGAAAUAAAAUAAUAAAGGGGAGCUUUCUCCCAAUGUAAGAUUUAUAGUUAAUUGUAAGUUCUGCCACUCUUAAUAAUUCUUUGAGAUGCUAAGUGUUUCAAUUCAUAUUUAAUGAUACUUAAAUUGGAAUUUUAACAUUUUGUUCCAAAAUAGCAGAAAUUGUAAAGAUUUGUGAAUUAUUGGAGAAAAUGCCAUUCCUUGUAUAUCUGAAUUUAAUUUUUUAAAUUAUGGAGUCUACAUGCUUUUGUAGUAUAAUAUUAAUACAAUGACUAUUCUCUUGUAAAAGGAAAACUAGUAAAAAGUUUUAGUUGAUGUUAUCUGCUUGUGAGUAUCAAUUACUUAGUAUUUAAAAUUCUAAAGUAUUGCAUACUUCUCUUUAGAAUGCACAAAUCCCUUCAUGAGCCUUUAUGCCUGUGGUAGAGCAAUAAAAGACUGAAAAGUUUAUCAAUAUUUUCAGAUUUAUUUGUCUAAGAAUUAGUGCCAAGAGCUGGAGAGUCUACUUUGGGGAGGGAAAUGCUAUUUAGAAUAUGUAAAAAUAAGUGGUAAUAGUGUAAAUGUUUAGAAAAAAUUAAAUAGCAAGUGCUUUACCUGCUCAAUAAAAUAGUAUAAAUGUUGUAUCAUCCCACAGGCCCUGGCUGUUACCCAUUAUUUUCUGAUUUUGUGGUUGCUGUCUAUAUUACAUUUGACUAAUAACUAAUUGGUAAUAGUGUAUUACAACUGUAUAGUGUUCCUAUAGCAUACUUCACUGUACAGUAUUUGAAAUUUGCUUUUAUGUCAAUAAAAUUAAUACAUACUGAUUUUCCCCUCAACUUCUCCACAUUAGCUUUUUAAAAUUAGUUUUUAUUACUUAGUUUCCUGGAAUUAUACCUUAAUAUUAUAAUGCAUGAAGAUAUAGUUCAGUUUCAUAAAGGAAUUGUUAAGUGUAAUAAGGUUUUUUUUAACUUCCUUAAGAGGACUAUCAUAUAGAGAUAGUCAUUACUUUAAUGCAGAUUUCAAU